AUGGGUCAUGUGCAGCUGCAUGCUCAGGUUCUCCUCCUGUUGGCUGAUUUGGUUACCAAUGACCUGUGUACCUGCUCACACUUGGCUUCUGUUGUGCACUUCUUGAGCCUCCUAGAGCUUCAGUCUGUUUGGCUCUUGGAGAAUGCUGGGUCACUUGGUGUGAUUCCUCUUGCAGGUGUUAUCGUCUCUGCUGCUUUGGAGGAUACCCCAGUAAUUGAAGGACAGCUGAAGGAAAAAAAAAGCAAGUGGAAAAUCUUCCGAAAGUGGCGCACAAGAUACUUUACUUUGUCAGGAGCACACCUUUCUUACAGAGGAGCUGGCACGGAGCAGGACAAGUUGGAAGAGAAAGGUGGCAUUGAUGUGCAUCAGAUACGCAGCGUCAAGGUCAACAGAGGUGGUAGCAGACACAUUCCCAAGGCUUUUGAAAUAUUCACAGAUAACAAGUCUUUCGUAUUAAAAGCUAAGGACUCCAGUAAUGCAGAGGAGUGGAUACGAUGCUUGUCGAUUGUGGUUGCUCACUCUCAUGCUCGGGAGGAACAAAGUCACGGGCUGCUGAAGACGACCACAUCUAUUCCCCGCAGCUUUAUGUAUGGCUAUCACUCGUCUAACAUGCGGACGGCUGUGUAAGCUCUAGUUUUAAGCAAGUGGUUGACAUGUCAAAGUAAAUUGUUAUCAGUGAAGAGAAGUCUCGAGAUCUCCAUACCCACGUUAUUCGGUACUGACCAAAAAGUGUUAAUUCUUUUUAAAUUAAUUGUUGAACCAUGCAAGUUAAAUGAAAUUUUAUAUAAAUGUUAAUAUUGUAUUAGAAUUUGUUAUAUGAUAUAAUAUUUAUGCCCAAAAAUCUAUUUUUGACAGAUAAAAUUAUUUGAUUUUAUUGUUUGAAGAUUGUAAUGAGUUAUGCAAAAUGAUUCAUUUGGUCUAAGGUUUGAAUGACACUGACAAAGACAGUAAUUAACAAGUUGUUUGGAAGGUAUAAUGUGUAAAGUGUUUUUCCUACUUGUGGUCUAAACUGAGCAUGUGCAGCUUAUUAUAAGUGCUCAGAUAAUAUCUAAACCACUGCAGGAAAAAUCUGCAUUGACCUUACUUAUUUCCAAAAAUUAUAGUUUGAAAUUAUUUGCUCUGAUUCCAUUGUCAGUAUAAACUAAAUUACUUUCAUUGAAAUCAUUCAUUUCAAGUGUGGCAGCUAAUUGGUCUCAUAGUAUAACCAAAGAACCUCUUUCCUGUAUAUUUUCUUUCCAGCUGAUGAGUGUAGAGAAAUCUCGCGUGUUGACUGUGGUUUUCCUCUCAGGUGUUGAUGUUACCCUACUUCUUCAACACUGUGGAGUGUUUCACUUGCAUUUCACUUUUCUUUUCAUUUUUUCUUUUAAGUAUCCCAAGCUUUCUCCUCUUUCUAUCUUGCGUAAUAAAGCUCAGCCACACCCACUCCUGACACCCACACCUGACACCCACACCCACUCCUGACACCCACACCCACUCCUGACACCCACACCUG